AUCGUCACGUAGAUGUGCACACAUUGAAAUCUCGGACUGGCAUACCAGCGCGUGUCUGCACUUUCAGAGACAAAAGGGGGCAGAAGAAAAGAACAAGAAGACAGAGCGGCGAGUCGAUACAAUGGAACCUCCUUCCCAGUUAAAGUGACACUGCAGUGAGGUGUCCAAUGGUCUCCAGGCCCGGUCUGACCCAAUGAGAAGGGAAUUUUUGUAGCAAACUUUGAGGAGAGAAGAGUUUUCCACAGAAACAUGGCCUCAACCACAGAGGAUGACGUCAUGGCCGCAUGUCUGGCACACAUUAAAGAAGAGGACUGUGAGUGGGGUGCCACAGAGGCUUUGUGUAUGAAGUUGGAGGAUUGUGAAGGAAAUAUUUCAGUUUUUAAAGAGGAGGAGUUGGAGGGGGAAAUUAUUCAGGUUACAGUCGCAGACUCAGAAGAUUUCUCAGUUAAUCAUGAAGUGCAAAAUCAUGACACCCUUUUUUAUGGAGAUUCUCAUUGCAGUUUACAGCCCCAGUUUACUUUUAUGAGACAACCGACCACCCAGCAGAAUUCUAUGGAACUGAAAUCCGAGUUUUCUGAGUUUCAAGAGAAAAUCUUUGAAGGAAAUGGGAGAGAAGCAGAGGAGCAGCAGUCAUCUGCAAUUGUGGAAAUAAAUUUCCAAAAGAAUGCCAGCUUUUCCACAUCUUCAUUCGCUCAGACCGCUCUUCAGUGCAGACUGCAGCGUAACCAGGACAAGGAGAAGUUGAAGAAAUUAACAAGAGGAUCAGAGAUUUUGACAGCUGCCCCUUUGCCGUGUAGUUCUCUUCCCGUUGUCAAGCUAAGAAUGAGAGAAGUCAUCAACACUGAUCAACAAGAGCAUAAACGCAUUAUUCAUACUGGAAAGAAACCUCAUUGCUGCCCAGAAUGUGGCAAAGGAUUCUCACAAAUAAGCCAGCUGCAGACGCACACAAGAGUUCACACCGGAGAAAGACCUUAUGGCUGUUUUGAAUGUGGCAAAAGAUUUUCUGACAGUAGCACUCUUCGGCAGCACACACGAAUCCAUACCGGAGAGAAGCCAUAUGCCUGCUCUGAAUGUGGCAAACGAUUCUCACACGUAGGCCACCUCCAUAGCCACACAAGAAUUCACACUGGAGAGAAACCUCAUUGCUGUCCAGAAUGUGGCAAACAAUUCUCACAAAUAAGCCAUCUUCACAUCCAUAGAAGAAGUCACACUGGAGAGAAACCCUACUGUUGUUCCGAAUGCGGGAAACGCUUCUCUGACAGCAGCAGUUUUCGGAAACACUCUCGCAUUCAUUCUAGAGAAAAGCCAUAUUGCUGUUCUGAAUGCGACAAACGAUUCUCUGACAGUAGCAGUUUCCGGAAGCAUGCACGCAUUCACUCAGAAGUGAAACCGUAUUGCUGUGUUGAGUGUGGGAAACGAUUCCCUGACAGUAGCACUUUUCGACGACACACACGAAUUCAUACUGGAGAGAAGCCAUAUUGUUGCUCAGAAUGUGGCAAAAGAUAUUCCAAGAGCAGCUCUCUUCAGAGACAUGCAAGAAUUCAUUCAGGAGAAAAGCCAUAUUACUGCUCUGAAUGUGGCAAACACUUCUCUGAUGGUAGUUCUCUUCAAAAACACAGACAAAUUCAUACAGGAGAGAAGCCAUUUUGCUGCUCCGAAUGUGGUAAAAGAUUCUCUGACAGUAGCUCUCUUCAGAGACACAAACGAAUUCAUACUGGAGAGAAGCCAUAUGGCUGCUCUGAAUGUGGCAAACGAUUUACUGAGAGUGGCUCCCUUCAGAGACAUGCAAGAAUUCAUACUGGGGAAAAGCCAUAUUGCUGUUCUGAAUGUGGCAAACGGUUUGCCACCAUCACCACUCUCCAGAAGCACACACAGAUUCAUACAGGAAGGAAGCCACAUUGCUGUUCUGAAUGCGGCAAACAAUUCACUGACAGUACCUGUCUUCAGAUACAUGCAAGAGUUCAUACAGGAGAGAAACCAUAUUGCUGUGCUGAAUGUGGGAAAAGAUUCACCAGUAAUAGUGCUUUUCAGAAGCACACUCGAAUUCAUACAGGAGAGAAGCCACAUUGUUGUUCAGAAUGUGGCAAAGGAUUUUUCUUUAACAGCUGUCUUCAGAACCAUAUGAGAAUUCACAACGGAGAAAAACCAUACUCUUGUUCUGAUUGUGGCAAACAAUUCACCAGCAUAAGUGGACUUCGGAAGCACAAACGAAUUCAUACUGGAGAGAAGCCGUAUUCUUGUUCUGAAUGUGACAAAAGAUUCCGCGACUGUAGUGUGUUUCGGAGGCACACAAAAAUACAUACUGGAGAGAAGCCAUAUUUCUGUCCUGACUGUGGUAAAAGAUUCUGCAGUUACAGUGGCCUUCAAUAUCAUUCAAAAAUUCACCGUGGAGAAAACCUUAUCACUUUAACGAAUGUAGGAAAGGAUUCUUAGUUUUAAGUAAUUUUCAUGAGUACUUAAGAAUUCACAAGAAGCCUUGUUCUUGUACUGAAUGUUGAAAAUAAUUCUCAAAGAGCAACAAUUUGUAUGAGUAUCAAAUAAAUCUUGCCAGUGAGAAACCUCAUAGCUGUUCUGAAUUUGGUGUUUCUCAGACUGCAGAAUUCAUAAUGACCACAUUAAAAUUUGCGCUAUACACACCACAUGAACUACAGAAGGAAGCAUCAAUAAAGUAAUACACUGAACACCGGCAGCAAACAUUUCAUGAACCACUUUCGUGUCCUGAAUGUAAGCAAAGUUAGUUAUUCUAUCUAAUCCCACUUACUAUAUUAAAAUUAAAUUCUAUUUAUGUAAUCCCACCUGCUAUACUAAAAUUAAAUUCUAUUUAUAUAAUCCCACCAACUAUACUAAAAUUAAAUUCUAUUUAUGUAAUCCCACCUGCUGUACUAAAAUUAAAUUCUAUUUAUAUAAUCCCACCAACUAUACUAAAAUUAAAUUCUAUUUA